UGCUAUUCGACCAAUGUUUAUUGCCAUGAGAACAUUUCGUAAAUCAUGUAAUGAUGUUCUUGAAUCACGACGUGCUAUUCGUAAUUUAAAUACAAUGUAUCCUGAUUUAACAGCUGAAGAACUUGCUAAUGUUGCUGAUACAACAUGUAUUAUAUGUCGAGAAGAUAUGCAAGUACAACAAAGUAUUAAACGUCUUUCUUGUCAACAUAUAUUUCAUAAAAAUUGUUUACGUUCAUGGUUUCAACGACAACAAACUUGUCCUAUUUGUCGAACUACUGUUUUACGUCCUACACCUCCUCGAACAGGAGCAGCAGCACCACCACCACCACAACCACCUAAUGCUCAACCAGCUGCAGCUCCUCAAGCACAAGCUCAAAUACCAGUACCUUCAGUUAGAUUUGUUCCACCAUCUCCUCCUGCAACUUCAACUGCAUCAACAAGUUCUAGCUCUACACCAUUGAACACAACAACAACAACAACAACAACUCAAGCAUCAUCACCAAAUACCAAUACAAUUGGUGUUGGAAUAUUUCCACAAAUACCAUUUAAUUCAUCUCCUAUGGUAUUACCACCAUUUGCUUUUCCUCCUCCACCUUUACCGCCAACUGAUUUUACUGGUAUGUCUGAAGAAGCAAUUCGAGCAAUGGAAGGAACAGAAUUAGCUCAUGUUCAAGCACGUAUUCAAUGUUUACGUAAUGUAAGAACUUUAUUAGAUGCAUCAAUGAUACAAAUGCAACAAUAUAUGAAUAUUGUUUUAACACAAAGUAAUAUGGAAAAUGGUACACAUUUAUUGAGUAAUUUAAAAAAUGAUGUUGAUCAAGUAUUAUCAUCAUCAGAAAAUAUUAAUUCAACAGAUAAUAUAUUAGAUUCAAUUAAUGAAAAUGAUGCUGAUGUAAUACGUCGUCGACGAUUAGAACAUUAUGCAAAUAGAUUUCCUUCAUCAACAACAAAUCCAGAAAAUAAUAAUAAUAAUAAUAAUAAUAAUAAUAAUAAUAAUAAUGAUAGUUAA